AUGUCAGCUAAUAAAAAUUUAAAGGGUUACUGGAAACCUACAGAUCAAUUAUUAUACGGGGUGAUUGUAAAACCGUUUUUACCUUUAGUGAAACAUCCAGAGUUAAUUAAUCAUACGAAUUCAUAUGCAAAUCUUUUUGCUGGUUCAGAAGUAUACAUAUUUGAAGAGACCAUCGAUCAGAAAUGGUGCCGUGCCUAUUUUUGUUCAAAGCCCUUGCCUGAAGCGUUUGUGGCUACAAUGACUGCAUUUGGUGAACAAUUGCCUGGUAUUAAAACUACUAUCGUCAUAUUCCCAAAAUCUUUUGUUCAUAUUAGUAAUCAUACAGAUAAUAACAUUAUAUCAAUAUUUACAUCUUUAGACCAAAAAGAUAUCGAUAAUAUGUUAAGUAAAAAAUGUAAAAGUCCAGCAUUCUUGGAUACCAUUAAUAUAAACAAAGAGACUGAAGUUAAGGCAUUGAGUUACAAGAAACCACCUAGACCAUCGUUUCCAUAUGGAAGAUACAACAAACGACCGCUAAGGGAUGAGAUUGGUGCGAUCUUAUUUUUAUUAUCUUCACAUAUAUUUUCUACAUAUGCAGCUGGUGAAUUUGAAGUGUAUAAUAAAUUAAUCCAAUUAUACCAAAAAUUAGAUGAUAUACGAUUGAUAUUAGUGUUUGAACUUAAUACUGAAGCUGAAUAUUUGGAAUUAAUUAGAUCGGCAUCAUGCUUACUUUCUAAAAUAGCCAAAUACAUAUUCGCAACUGGAAGACUUAGAAAUUCGAACUCAUUGUCUUCUAUAUCCUCGAAAGAUCCUUGCGGGUUUCAAGGUAUCUUUGCGAGGGAUAUUAACACGGGUGAAUUACUAUCGUACGAUAAUACAGACUUACAAACACUCGUUAUGAGUUCUGUCUUUUAUGGACUAACAAACAAUUUCCCAAUAAGUGGAUCCAAAAGAUUAAAUUUAGAGAUUAGACCUCCAAAUUUAGAAAAUUUUGCUCAUUUCCAUUUUUUAGUAGAUUUUAAAGAUAUUAGAUCUGAUCCAUCAGUACUACAUCCAAACCUUGAAAAUAUUGUUACCUCUGUUUAUUUAAGAACGAAGGACGAGAUAUUAACAGAACCAUAUAUUGUCAAUAUGACUACAAAUAGAGAUAUAUCACUAUCUUUAAGGCAAUCAUCGGUGGUUUUGUUUAAAGAUAUUCCAGAUUCAAUUAUAAGGAAAAACAAGAUAUAUUUAGUGGUGGUUCUAACAGAAAAAGUUUUUGUUCAAAUAAGAGAAAAGAAUUCAGCAAACAUUGCGAGAUCACCAUUUAUACCUUUCAAAUCUACAACAAAGGGAUCGAUUGACUCGGUAAUACGUGGUAUAUCUGCGGGUAUCAUUGAUAUAUCCCCUGUGUUUAUGGAUACCGAAGAUAUAUUGAAUCUUCGUCCUCAUAAAUUCAAGAUCCAUUUCUACGCACCAAUGAACGAUAAAGUAGCAUUAGCAGCAAAUGAACGAGAUUUAUGCCCUGGUUGGGGUGGCGUGCUUCCAAAAAUUUUGAAUAACGCAAAUGAUGGCAUAAUAAUAAAUCCCAGAACGCUUUCUAUGACAGUAAAUAUAAAAAAUAUAGGAAAUGAUAAGACUUUGGAAGAAUCCUUUACACCAAUAAAUAUCCCUGUGAGAACGGUAAAAGCAAAUUUUUUCAAUGACAUGUAUAAUCCACAGGAGGUAAUAUAUCUAAAUAUUUCAUCAGCUAACUUAGUUGAUAUCCAAAAGAAAGUUACGAACAUCAAAAGUAUAGCAAUUAAAAUCCUUUCAAACAAUAAAGAUGUGAAAAUGAACAUUUAUUCCAAUGAAGAUCUAAAAAAUGAAAUAGAACUUGUUUCUGUUUCCCCUGGAGAAAUGAUUGGAGGAAGAGUGAGAAUCCAUAAUAUAGAUGUGAUGAGCAAAUCUGAGACCCUCACUGUCCUUGCAUAUUUAAAUGGAUUAUUACUGGCAAAGGGUAAAAUAUCAUUGAAGGAGAACGAUAAAAUCAUUGAACAUAAAAAUGGCACUACAAUUGAUUUAAUGUCAUCAGAAAAUAAAAAAUUGAUUAAUUUGAGUAUAAAUUCUGAGUAUCCAGGUAAUAAUUAUAACGUUGAUAAGGAAAUAGAAGAAUUUACUAAAGUUGUCCAGGAUUAUGCUACUGAAAAUAAAUUUUAUGAAGGUGACGUACUAAACAUUUUAAAAAAAGUAAAUGACAUUGACACAGCUGUUCUCUUGAAAUCAAUUGACCUUUUAUUAUUUAAUUAUUUGGAAUUUAUCAGAUUAAUUACAAAUGAGGGGAGCACAACUAAUUCUGAUCGAUUUACCGAUAAUGUUUUUGAAUAUUUUUUUCUAUUCCUUAAGAAGACUUUGUCUUCGAAAGACAAAAAUUGUAGACAUAAGCUUUUUAAAAUGUACUAUAAAUAUUGUACAGGGGUAAACUCAAACUUACCAGUCGUUGGUCUACAACUUCUUCAAUGUUUGACCAAUGCAUAUGCAACCAAAAGAGAAAAAGAUGACGAAUAUGCGAUUGCGUUAUGUGAAUUUUCUGUGUUUGUAUUAUUACUUUCAGUAAUAUCGUCCAAUAACCAGAGGGAUGAGUGGAAAGUAGAAUAUGCCACUACAUUUGAAGAAUAUUGUAUAUAUUUGAGCGCAUCCUUUCAACAUGUAAUUGUGGGCCAACAAGCAAUGUUACAGACAUAUGAUGUCUGGCUAUCAAUUUUAGAAUUGCACUUCGAACAAAAGGAGUUAUUUACCAUGGCAACCAUGGUCAUAAUGUCUUUACAAUAUGAUAUCGAUGAAUGGUGCUGCAAUGUGAAGAAACUUAAUAGAGAUGAACACAACUUUCUCAAUUCGAAAUAUUUAUUACUACAAAGAAUAUUAUUAUAUGAACCGUUCAAAAAUUAUUUACGAAAUUUUGAAGAGGACGAUCCAAUGAUAUUAACAUUUUUUGAAAAAUCGAUUAAUACUAGUUUAAUACCGUAUGUUCUUUUUCAAAAUGAUCCUUCUCAAAUAGAUACUAUCCGUCUUGCUAAUAGUGUCAUGAUUAUUGUCAUAAGAAAUAUCACGAAUUCAAAUAUAUUGAAGAAUUUGCUAAGAUUAAUUCCAUCAUACUGUCUAUAUUUUAUCCAAAUUAGAAGGUACUGUAAGGAUGUUGGACUUUUUAAACCUCGUAGAACUUUUACGGAGUUAUUUCCGUUAAAAUAUCCUUUUACAAAGUACUAUGUGGACUCGAUUGUCAAUGAUGAGAUUAUAGUGGAGAUAUUAAUGGAAAUCUCUACAAUGAUUUGUCAAUUGACUAAGAUUGCCCACCAAUUGUAUGGAAGUGAUCUAUCAUUCAAGAAGAUAGUCCAAGAAUGCAGGGAUAAUAUAAAUUUUGAAUCUCAAUUUUACCUCGAAAAAAUGAACCUUCAUGAUAUCGAAUUGGUAAUCAGAACUAUAAGAGCUUUUUUUAUGGAUGAUUACUUUCCAGAGAGGAAAUGGUUAGGUAUUACAGCUUUAUUAGCUCGGUCGUCAUUGAUAUUAUUAUAUAUGUGUCAAGAUACCAUUGAGGACUUUCAAAUAACCACUAAUAUCAAUGAUCCAAAUAGCAUAACUUUGAAAACUUGGUGUGACUUUUUCAAGAGUAUAUUAAUGCUUGCAAAUCAUAAAAUAUCAAACUUACCUCAGCUUGCUCCAAUUUCAAGAAAAGCGGUAUACAAUAUAAGUGGUAGACUAAGGGUAAAAGCUGCAGUCAUUCUGGAACGUUCUUGGAAUUUUCUGUCUAGAGGUAACGAAAGAAAUGAUUUGGCUGAAAAGUAUGGAAUCAAUGGUAUAAGUGAAAUGCAGCUGCUACUCUUCAAAGAAAAUCCAACCUUAAUUCGAGAAAUGUAUAUAUUUGCGUUACAUCAAGAUAUUAGUGCCACCACCGUUUGUUGUAAGAUAUUCUGUUGUAUUACUGUAAAUGUUUGGGAUCAAGAGCAUUCGUUCCAAAAAUGUUUAGAUUAUUCCAUUCCUGAAUUAUACAAUGGUUUCCAAGCUGGAAGAAUAUAUUUACAUGAGUAUGAAUUGACUUGUUUUGUCCAGUGCUUAUUCCUUAUGAUUCAUGUUGCAGUGGAUGAUGAGAUGUUUGACAGCUUAACAGCUUUCCUGAAAGAAAUUAUUGGUUUCUUGCAUAUCUUGAUGGAAGCAUACAAAAUUCCUAAACAGCCAGAAUACGAUGAUGAUCGAAUUGCAUCUCAAAUAGAAAUGUUUAGUUAUCUAUUAGAUGCUAAUAAACCUGAAUUAUUUCAUAGAAUGCUAUAUGAAAUAUAUGUUCAUUCUAUCAAGAAGAAAGAUUAUGUUCAGGCCGGAUUAAGCUUAGAGUUGCUAGCAAGCACAUACACAUGGGAUACCAAUGAUGUCCUAAAGGCAAUAUCGUACCCACCAUUACCAAGUCAAUCAUCCUUUGAUAGAAAGGAAUAUUUAUACAAGGAAUCAGCCAAAUUUUUUACAAAGGGAUUAAAAUUUGAGAAAGCAUUAUCAGUGUAUAAAGACCUUAUCAAAGCGUACGAUGAAAUUAAUUACAAUCUGAAUGGAUUGGCAUUUGCAUAUCAUCAAAUAUCUACAGUUUACACAGAUUUACAAUCCUUGGACAGACUUGUUCCAACCUACUUUAAAGUUUCCUUUAUGGGAUUUGGGUUUUCAAGUUCGUUAAGAAACAAAACCUUUAUUUUUGAGGGUCUACCAUUUGAACACAUAACUUCAAUGCAAAAUCGUUUAUUAAAUGUCUACCAUGGUUCUUCAAUUAUUCAAUCAGUAGACGAAGUCUCACGACUCUUAAUAAAACCUACCUUGGGUAGAUGUAUCAAUGUAACUACUGUAGAACCUAGAUUUUACAUUUCAAACGAUUAUACAAGAAGUCUCAACAUGGCUAAUAUGAAUAACAAGAUUAGGAUGUAUAUAGAGAAUAGAGAUUUGAAUACGUUUAGUUCUUCUAGACGAUUACCUGGUGCCACAAAUGUUGCAGAUCUAUGGGUGGAGGAGUCUACGUACACUACAGCAUCAACUUUUCCAACAUUGAUGUACCGUGCAGAGAUUAUAGAAACAAAGACAGAAAAGCUUUCCCCGGUGCAAAAUGCAAUAAGAUCCUUGCAAGUAAAGAUCCAAGAAUUGAGUGGUUUGCUAAAUAUGGGUCAUAAGAUACUAAAAGAAAAUGGAGACUCGUUGGAGAUAUUUGAAGAAUUAUCGAGAAAUAUUACAGGUACAAUAUCGGCACCAAUAAAUGGGGGGAGUAUGCAAUACAAAGUCUUUUUAAAAGGGCCAUACUCUGUUAAUAUAGAUCCCUUAGACAUAUCAAAAUUAAUUGCAGCAUAUGAUGAACUAACAAUACAACUAAGUGCCUGCUUAACGUUACAUCUGGAUCUAUUACCGUCAGAUGAACUAAAGUACAAUCAUGAGAUGCUAGUAGAACUAUUCAACAAGAAUUUUUCCGAAGAAAUCUUAAGAAACCACGACAUUAUUGCUGCUUCAAAUCAAACGUUAGUUAAAAAACCAAUGUCAAGAAGGAAUUCAGUUAAAAAUCCUAAUAAAAUCAUGUCUAUAUCGUCAUGGGAUAUGCCACCACCUUCAGCAUCAUCAUCAUCGGCUGCGCCACAGAAGGAAAAUCAAACUCAUGUAGCUGAACUCUUAGUACCAGAUGAUAAAAUAUUGACCAAAUACAUGGGGAGAAGAAAUUCACGGAGUUCAUCAAAUAUCAAUUUGAAUUUAAUGUUAACUCCGUCGAUAUCUAAUGGUUCUAAUGCCUCAAAUUCAACUUCACAUGGUUAA